AUCGUCAUUGCCUUGAAAAAACAAAAUGAAAUAUCGAAAUGUCCCCAGAUUUCAAAAUAUGGAAAUUUUUUGAAAUAAAAAUUAUCUAAUCCUUGCAAGUGCGGUGUAAAUGUUUUUGAUUGGUGAGUGUGUUAUAUUCGGGGUUAUAUAAACACUUAACAUUACUUAUUGUGUCCAUUGUUUUGUGAUGAUUCUUGUUCCUUAUUAUUAAUGGUUAUUUGUUGUUUUUUUUUGCAGCAAAGAAAAAAUAACAAAAUUCACAAAAUGUCAAUAAAAUUUGAUUAUUCAAAUAAAGUUGUAUUGGUAACCGGUUCAAGUUCAGGUAUCGGUGAAAGUAUUGCAAAACGUUUUGCACAAUUAGGUGCAAUGAUUGUCAUCACUGGUCGUUCACGUGAAAAUGUCAAUCGUGUAUCGAAUGAAUGUCAACAAUUAUCACCAAAAAAAUUGAAACCAUUAGAAGUGAUUGCCGAUAUUACCAUUGAUGAUGAUGCCAAACGUUUGAUACAAUCAACAAUUCAAAUGUUUGGACGAUUAGAUUUAUUGAUCAAUAAUGCUGGCUAUGCACAGAUUACAUCGAUAUUUGAUCCAAAAUCAUUGGAUACAUUCGAUAAGGUGAUGCGAUUAGAUGUUCGUGCUACAAUCAAUCUAACAUUGAUGGCUGCGCCAUAUCUGGAACAAACACGUGGAAAUAUUAUCAAUAUUUCAAGUGUUUGUGGUACAAAACCGUUAGUAGGAUUUUAUGGAUAUUGUAUGGCCAAAGCAGCGAUCGAUAUGUUUACCCGUGUGAGUGCAUUAGAACUUGGUCCAAAAGGAAUUCGAGUAAAUUGUGUAGAUCCGGGUGGUGUUCGUACGAAUUUCUUGAAUGCAAUCGGUCUUAAUGCAGAACAAGUGGCUCAACAAGAAGAAUUUUUACGGCGAUCAUCACCCAUCGGAAUAAUUGGUGAACCGAAUGAUGUAGCAGAUUUGGUUGUCUAUGUUGGCUCGGAAUAUGCUAAAUUUAUGACCGGCAGUUGUUUGCUCAUCGAUGGUGGUGCUUUAUACAGUGCACUUGCAUUGGCUACUUCAUCAUGAUUCUAUUUCGAAAUUGAUGAUGAUGAUGAUCAAAAUUCUCUUGUUUAUUUUUUAAAAAUCGUUUCGUUUACUUUAUUAUCGACAUAUAUGAUGAAUGAUGAUGAUGAUGAUUCGAACAGUAAAUAAAUUCAAAAUUCAAAAUAAACAAACUGCAGUGCUUCCAUCUAUUAAAUUCAAAAGUACAAAGUGAACAUCGGUUGUAUUUAUAAGCACAAGACGGCGCUUUAUGUUUUGAUAUAGAAUAAAAUAAAAUUCAAAUUUAUUA